AUGUUAACUUCGAACGGUGUAUCUGACACGAGGCUGUCUAUUGACGCAUACGAGAAUGACCCCUUCUUGAAUAAAUAUAAGGGAAAUCGCAUUCAACGACGCAGAAUCUCCAUUCUCAUCUUUUCGUUGAUUUUUGUGCUGGGUAUCUCCGUCUUCUGCAACAUCAUAUUGAUCUUUGAGCAGUAUAAGCGUUGGGACCUGGAUAAUGUCUGUACCACUUAUACUUCACAGUAUAGAUCGCCAAUUUCAAAUGAUGUCAAUCUAAAAUAUAACACGGUCACAUUUAAUGGUUCCCUCUUCGGUGAUCACAUCUGGCGUCGAUGGGUCGGCGAUGAUGUUGACCAAGCAUGGCUUGACCUUGGUGUUGAAUACACGCCCGUUGCUAUCCCGUAUGAAGAUAGAGCUCUGUACGGCCUCCAGGAAGGCCAGGUGAAGAUGAUGGAGAAAUAUGGAGGAAAUUUUGUGGCACAUAUUGAAGUUUUCCACCAUCUUCAUUGUCUUGACGUACUUCGGAAAAUUUCAUACUAUGGCUAUGAACACUAUCUGAAAAAAGGGGGGAGCCUGUUUACCAACGACGAGAAGACUGUAAAACACCAUGCAGCGCAUUGCCUUGAUAUCCUUCGACAGCAGAUAAUGUGCACUGCUGAUACUUCAGUUUUUGGGCAAUGGUGGGUGAAAGGUAUUGGGCCCUUCGUCGACUUCAACACAAAGCACCAGUGCAAAGAUUACGAAACAAUCCGGUCUUGGGGAGAAAAACACCAGAUAUCUCCGGAUGUAGAGGUGGAAAUGUGGCCUGGUGACCCAGAGCUGCCAGUGGUACCCUGA